AUGCUCUUGGCUCUCUUCCUGAGAACUUCUCUGCUGAUUUAUUUAACUUCAGCAAGUAAUGCAGACUUCGAAGAAGAAAUCAACAAAACCAUCACCUGUGCUAAAGACCAGAUUGAGGUGGAGAUUCCAAGUUAUUUUUUCCUAAGCAAGAACCCUCCAAUCCUUAUCUCUGAUUUACACCUCAAUGACCCUGCAUGUCACGGUACUGAGACAGCAAACCUUUACGUGUUCAGCAUUAAAAACAAUUUCACAGACUGUGGAACUCAAAUGGCUUCUGAUGAUACACAUAUUGUUUUCACCAACACCAUACAGAGUAACUUUUCUGAAGUAAUUACAAGAACCUUUAUCAAUAUUACAUUUGCUUGCCGAUACCCUAUUAAUUACCUGGUGCAGCAGCCUAAUGGGGAUAAUAAGAUCAGUGUUGAUAUCAGAACCAUUACACUGAACACAGAAGAUGGGAAUUUUUCUGUCUCAAUGAUGCUGUACAAGGACCCAGAUUUUGAGGACAUGUGGACUACUAUUCCCUUCUUAACCCUAGAGGACAACAUCUUUGUCAAAGUCAAUAUGGUUCCAGGCCAUCUAAUAAUCCGCCUUGAAAACUGCUGGUCCACACCAGCGAGGAAUCCUUCUCAUGCAGUUCAGUACUCUUUUAUAGAACAAAGUUGCCCACAAGUUAUCAAGGAUGAAACGCUGUCAGUUAUCACAAAUGGAGAAAGUGCAGAUGCAAUGUUUAGGAUCCAGAUGUUCAAAUUUGUUGGUAUCUCUUACAAUGAUGUGUUCCUGCACUGCACAGUUCAGAUCUGUCAUAAUACACCUGCUGUUUGCAAACCGAAUUGUACUAAUUAUGGCGAAAUUAUUAGAAAUAAGAGAGAUGCAUCAUCAUUUCCUACUCGCACUGUCUCUUAUGGUCCCAUCAAGCGAAAGAUGGAUGGUAAUGAAGAAGCAAAUCUAAGAAAGCAUAUACUCUAUAUCAGUUUGGCAGUUAAAGGGACCCAUAAAGUGAGCUCCCCACAGAUGGAAGAAAUCUUCCUCCUGUAG